AUGCCAGAAAGACACUUCUCCGGCAAAUACAAGCUAAAAAAGCUCCUAAGCAGUGGUGCUUACGCAAAAGUGUACCAUGCUCGUGAUACACGCAGCGGCGAGAGCGUAGCGAUUAAAUCGCUAGACUCUGCCGACAACAUAGACAUAGUAGAAAUACAAGCUAUGAGUCGACUAAACCACCCACAUGUUACAAAAUUAAUGGAAGUCAUAGCUGGAAGUAGUCAAGUCUUUGUUAUAACAGAAUUCGCCAGAUGCGGUGACUUGUUUGAGAUGAUCUCGAAACGAGGCCCAUUAAUGGAAGAUCUUAGUCGUCAUUAUUUCCAGCAGCUCAUCUCAGCAGUCAAACACUGCCAUUCUCGAGGCGUAUUCCAUCGUGAUAUAAAACCAGAAAAUAUUCUCCUCGAUCACAAAUGGAGCCUUAAGCUAUCUGAUUUCGGCCUCGCCGCAAUCAUCGAUGAUCCUAAUGAUCAGCCUGGUCCGAUCCUUAGAGACCCUUGCGGGACAGUUGAGUAUGCGGCUCCGGAGGUGAUCAUGGCAGGACGAGGUGGAGGGUACUAUGGUGCGAAGGCUGAUGUAUGGUCAUGUGGUGUUGUUUUGUAUGUUUUAUGUACAGGGUUUUUACCAUUUAAUGGAGAAAAUUGUGAUUUGGAGGAAAUGGUGGAGAAGAUGAAGAGAGGAGAGUUUAGAUUGCUUAAGAAAAUGUCUUCGGGAUUGAAAUGGUUGUUGUUAAGAUUGUUGGAUUCGAACCCGGAGACCAGGAUAAGUGUUGAUGAGAUUUUACAGGAUCCUUGGUUUAGACAAGGGUAUGAUGAACUUGAACUUCUUGAAGAAGAAAGAUGA